CGCGUCGAAUGUACUAGUGUACUCAGAGUAGCUUGCUAUCUGAGAAAGACACUUGAAGAAUCCAAGUGUUUGGCUACCGUGGCCACAUGGCCUAGUAGACUGCAGCUGAUACGCAUUGAAUUUUUUUUGAUCAUGUACACAGUACACACACUUCCAUCACAGGCACUGCCGAAAUGAUGAGCCCCAGGAUCAUAGGGCUACAGACCGUUCGCAACUCCGUAUCGUGUUUGCGUACUAGUAUACUACGGUCACGUUCGCCGUUCGAACUUCGGCAAUAUUACAUAAACAUCCACUGGAAAAGAGAAGAAACCAAAAGGGUUGUUCAAAGCGCCAUCGUAUCCUCCUUCUGUCCUUCGGCCUCAGGUGCUCAGGUCACUGCUCCCACACCAUCGACAGCGGUUGAAUCGACAUCGACGUUGCCUUCAUCGUUCCUUGAUACUGAAGCACCUGCCUCCUCAGUUAGUAUCCCUGCCCCCGAUUCGCGAGCUGUCGCAAAGAAGGCCAAGGAGCUUGAAAGGGAGGCUAAGGAAAAAGAGUUCGUCGACGGACAGCAUGCUAAUAUGAUCAAUGGGGCAUGGCACUGCUCUAAUAAAGGAAUACUUUAGAAUAGAUAGAUAGAUAGCACGAUAUUGAUACUGAGUACUGACAGUCGCAAAACUAUUACGCGUGAGACAUCGUAGGUGUCAA